AUGGCAAAACCUAUACCAAAAACAGGUUCACGGAGAAAUGGACGUAUUAAUUCGCGUAAAAGUGCACGGAAAAUACCAAAGGGUGUUAUUCAUGUUCAAGCAAGUUUCAAUAAUACCAUUGUGACUGUUACAGAUGUACGAGGUCGAGUGGUUUCUUGGGCUUCUGCCGGUACUUGUGGAUUCAGGGGUACAAAAAGAGGGACACCUUUUGCAGCUCAAACCGCAGUAGGAAAUGCUAUUCGUACAGUAGUGGAACAAGGUAUGCAACGAGCAGAAGUCAUGAUAAAAGGUCCCGGUCUCGGAAGAGAUGCAGCAUUACGGGCUAUUCGUAGAAGCGGUAUACUAUUAAGUUUCGUACGAGACGUAACCCCUAUGCCACAUAAUGGCUGUAGACCUCCUAAAAAAAAGACGCGUGUAGAAAUAAGAAUUGAAGGGAUUUCAAGAGAAAUAAAUGAUUCAAAGAUAUGA